CCUCUCACUCUCGUAUAAUAACCCUACGCAAGGUUCAGCGCCGCCACGCCCGACUCCACUCCUCCGCCGGCAGAUCCGGCCAUCCAAUUGCAAGCCCCAUCCCCACCGGACCUCCGUCCCGUCGACGCCCGGGUCCCGCCGUCAGCCAGGAGCAGCUACCUCAUCGCUAGGAGAAGCCCACUCCACCCGGCCACCCCACCCCGACGCCAUUGACGCCCGACGGGCCCCGAUGGCACAGAUCCCAAACCUCGAUAACGCGCCGCUCAAUCUCACUGCCUUCAGGGAGCAGUCACAGAAGGAACUCGUCAGCAUAAUCAAGAGCAUCAGGGGGAACAAGUGUCUGGUCAUCGAUCCGAAGCUCGCGGGCACCCUCUCGCUGAUCCUGCACACCUCGGCGCUAAAGGAACAUGUCACGGAGCUGCGGGUCCUCUCCGCCGAGCCUCUGCAGACGGAGUGCCCCAAGGUGGUGUACCUUGUUCGGUCGCAGCUCAGCUUGAUGAAAUUCGUGGCAAAUCAAAUCAAGAACGACGAAUCCAAGGGGCUCCAGAGGGAAUACCACCUCUAUUUCGUGCCACGUCGUCUAGUUGCCUGUGAGAUGAUUCUGGAGGAAGAGAAAGUUCAUCAAAAGUUGGCAAUAAUCGGAGAAUACCCCUUGUAUCUGGUUCCUUUGGAUGAGGAUGUCAUUUCUUUUGAGCUUGGUGAUGAUGACUAUUCCUCACAGGAAUGUCACCUUAUGGAAGGGGAUACGGCGACUUCUGCCUGGCACGUUGCAGAAGCUAUUCAUAGGCUAGAGCUUGCCUUUGGAGUCAUCCCCAAUGUUAGAGCCAAGGGUGUGGCAUCAACCAAAGCUGCCCAGCUGCUCAACCAUAUGCACCUCCAAGACCCUGUCGACAUGGAUGACAUGGGGAUUCCAGAGAUAGAGACCGUUAUCUUGCUAGAUCGAGAGGUGGACAUGGUGACACCAAUGUGCUCUCAGCUAACGUAUGAAGGCCUCUUAGACGAGAUGUUGGAAAUUCAUAACGGAUCUGUGCAAGUUGAUGCCGGCAUCAUGCGCGCCCAACAAGAUGGGAAAAAGAUCAAGGUUCCGCUCAAUUCGAGCGAUAAGUUGUACAGGGAGAUUCGAGACCUCAGCUUCCAUGUUGUGCUUCGGGUCGUCCACCAAAAGGCAACGUCUAUUCAGCAAAAUUACGCGCAGGUAAAAUCAAUGAACACACAGUCGGUUUCCGAGCUCAAGGAUUUUGUGAAGAGGUUACACUCACUACCGGAGAUAACCAGGCAUGUUAAUUUGGCGCACCAUCUGCAGUCGUUUGCUGGAAAACCCUUGUUUCAUGCCCGAGUAGAGAUUGAGCAAAAGAUGCUGGAGGCGAAGGACUAUGAAACGUGUUACAAGUACAUUGAGGAGAUCAUACAGAAGCAAGGGCCUAUUGAGACUGUGCUUCGCCUUCUGGUGUUAUUUUCCCUUACAAAUGCUGGGUUGCCGAGGAAGAGUUUUGACUACCUGAGGCGGGAGAUACUGCACAGCUAUGGCUUUGAGCACAUGCCCUUGUUAUACAAUCUGGAGAAGGCUGGCCUUGUUAAAGGGCGGGAAUCGAGGAGUAAUUGGGCUAUUAUCAGGAGAGGUCUCCAGCUUAUAGUUGAUAUAAAGGAUCCUGAUUCCCCUGAUGAUGUAUCAUACGUCUUUGCUGGAUACGCGCCUCUUAGCAUUCGCCUUGUUCAGCAUGCAGUGAAGUCUGGAUGGCGAUCUAUCGAAGAAGUGUUGAAAUUGUUGCCGGGCCCUCAUCUGGAUUUGAAAAGAGGUGUCUCGACCAUUAGUGGUUCAUCAGAAUUACUAUCAGCCGAGGACGUGGGCAUAGCCCAGUGGUUGGGGGCGCAUGAUUGUAAACCCAACGACCAGAGUUCGAUCCACGUCGGGGACGAAUUUCUGGAAUUCUCAUGAGGGAUGCUUCUUCUAUAUCAAUAAACCGUGGGUGCUAGUGCCCAUGGAGUUUCAUUUUUAGAAUUACUAUCAGCCGAGGCAAGACAGAAUACCGACAGGGUUGGUCGUCGCUCCGUUGUUCUGGUUGUGUUUGUUGGUGGCGUAACAUUUGCUGAGAUUGCCUCGCUUCGAUUUCUUGGUGCACAGGAAGGAAUGGGCUGUGACUUCGUGGUUGCAACAACAAAGGUCAUCACCGGCAACACAUUACUUAGACCAAUUAUAGCCAGCAGCAAAGAGGGAAUGAUUUAGUUGUCUUUGCUGUGCAUACCCCUUUUUGAUUGUACAAAGCAGCGCAAACCCGUGCCCAGGAGGGGAUUUUCCUUGUUCA